AUGGCCUCUACUGCUGCAACUUCAACCGCUGCUCUUCUCUCUUCCAAAGCCAAUUCCAAUCCCAAGGCUUGCAUUUCCCCCAAAUUCGUUUCAUUUAAAGCUUUUUCUGCUCAAUCCCUUUCCGUCCCGUCUUCAUUUUCCGGAUUCCGAAAACCCUUUGUAUCCCAUGUGCCUCGCUCCCUCUCCUCCCGAUCGUCUCACUCUGAACGACGCAGUUUAGUUGUCCGCGCUAGUGAACUUCCACUGGUUGGAAAUCCAGCUCCGGACUUCGAGGCUGAGGCUGUGUACGAUCAAGAAUUUAUUAAGGUUAAACUGUCUCAGUAUAUAGGGAAGAAAUAUGUUAUUCUCUUUUUCUACCCACUGGACUUCACCUUUGUUUGUCCCACUGAGAUCACUGCUUUCAGUGACCGUCACAAAGAAUUUGAGAAAUUGAACACAGAAAUAGUGGGUGUCUCUGUAGACAGUGUGUUUUCCCACCUUGCAUGGGUCCAAACUGAUAGAAAGAGUGGGGGUUUGGGUGAUUUGAAGUAUCCAUUAGUUUCUGAUGUGACCAAAUCAAUUUCAAAGUCAUAUAAUGUGCUUAUUCAGGAUCAGGGAAUUGCAUUAAGAGGACUUUUUAUCAUUGACAAGGAAGGAGUGAUCCAACACUCCACCAUCAACAAUCUUGCAAUUGGCCGAAGCGUUGAUGAGACACUGAGGACUCUCCAGGCCUUGCAAUAUGUUCAGGAGAACCCUGAUGAAGUAUGCCCAGCUGGCUGGAAGCCUGGGGAGAAGUCUAUGAAACCAGAUCCCAAGCUCAGCAAGGAAUAUUUUGCUGCUAUAUAG